AUGGAGGCCAUAAAGAAAAAGAUGCAGAUGCUCAAGUUGGACAAGGAGAAUGCUCUGGACCGUGCCGAGCAAGCUGAAGCGGAGCAGAAGCAGGCAGAAGAAAGAAGUAAACAGCUGGAAGAUGAGCUGGCGGCCAUGCAGAAGAAGCUGAAAGGCACAGAGGAUGAGCUGGACAAGUAUUCUGAAGCCCUGAAGGAUGCCCAGGAGAAACUGGAGCUGGCAGAGAAGAAAGCAGCUGACGCUGAGGCUGAGGUGGCUUCCUUGAACCGCAGGAUCCAGUUGGUGGAAGAGGAGCUGGAUCGUGCUCAGGAGCGCCUGGCCACUGCCCUACAAAAGUUGGAAGAAGCAGAAAAAGCUGCUGAUGAGAGUGAGAGAGGUAUGAAGGUUAUUGAAAACCGGGCUUUAAAAGAUGAAGAAAAGAUGGAACUCCAGGAAAUCCAACUCAAAGAAGCUAAGCACAUUGCAGAAGAGGCAGACAGGAAGUAUGAAGAAGUGGCUCGUAAAUUGGUGAUUAUUGAAGGAGACUUGGAACGCACAGAGGAACGAGCUGAGCUGGCAGAGUCUAAGUGUUCUGAGCUGGAGGAGGAGCUGAAGAAUGUCACCAACAACCUCAAGUCUCUUGAGGCUCAGGCGGAGAAGUACUCUCAAAAAGAGGACAAAUAUGAGGAAGAAAUAAAGAUUCUCACUGAUAAACUCAAGGAGGCAGAGACCCGUGCUGAAUUUGCUGAGAGAUCGGUAGCCAAGCUGGAAAAGACAAUUGAUGAUUUGGAAGAGCGUCUCUACAGCCAACUUGAGCGAAACCGCCUGCUUUCUAAUGAGCUGAAGCUAACGCUGCAUGAUCUCUGUGACUGACGGGCUGGGCUCCCUGAUGCCCAUUAAACCGAGCUUACUGCUCACACCACUGACCUGGACCCCAGCCAAACGCUGAUUGUCUUUCUUACACUUCUUAUAAUUUGGCCCAAGCAAUUGCUUUUUAAGUGGGGCAGUUAGAAUGUUGUUGAUCUCCUCACAGCACUGUGAAAGCUGUAUAGUUAAUGCUGUAUUUCAAUCCUUUUACAAGAGGUUAUGGGUGACAGCGGGAGGGGCUGAAAGAGUACAGUGAAAACUCUUGGGAGAAUUUUGUUUUCCACCCUUAAUUGCUGCUCUUGCACUUGUGACUGUAGGAUGUGUUCCCUUGCAUGGCUGUUUUCUAACAAUAAAAGGACUGACUUGGCAAGAUAUUGUAGCUGCUUCAUCUGCAGGCCGAGGGAUGGGCCUUUUUGACUGGGUGGAAAAAAGGGAAGGGAAAGAGGGUGUGGGCUGUGAAUGGGGGUUUGCAUUGCUGUCGCCUUCUCUGAGUGUUUUCCCUUCACCUCCCUGGCGCACUCAGAGAGCCCUGCUCGCUAGGCAGGCGAGAUGCUCUGUGGUGGUCAGCUGCUGGAUUUCCUUCCACCUGAUGUCUUCCCCUUUGACUCCUUUUCCUGGUUUUACAUUUAGUUGCAACUAACUGUCAUAGGCUAGUUCUGGACAAUAGCUUUGCAAAAAUCUCGGGAAUUUGCUUACAAGAAUAUGUUUGGGUAAUAUUUCUUGCCUUUGUUUUCUUUAAAAAUUCUAUGACUUCGCUAUGAGGACUGUUGCUUUAUCCCUCCUAUUCUUUUACUUCCUCUCUCCUUUUUGGAGAGACAGUGUAGAACCUGAGGACCUUCCUGUACCCCUUCUCAAGUUUAGAUUAUGUUGUUUAUACUGAUAGAAAUGGCCAUCUCUUGUUUGCAAUGAUCAAACUCCAGUGAGCCAUUGCAAGUAAGUGCUGUCCUGUGGGCAAAGCCCUUAAGCAUGGGCAACGAUGUUAUGAAGGCCUGCUUCUUCAGUGACUGAAAGCGGAAAGUGUGGUUGGGUGUGGGAGGGAGAGGAAAUGGUUGACUGAGGUCCCCAGCUCCCUCCCCCAGGAAGUACAGCAACACUUGCCACUUAGUAGGCAAGCCAGAGGCCCUGCAAAACCCAGUGAUGUGAUAGCUCACUUCUGUGUCCGAGAAGGCAGCUGCUUUAUUAACCUGCAUCUUCCCUGCAACUGGAAAAAGUCUUAGAGUAGGCAGACCUUGAGAUUCACCGUUUAUAAUUUCUCUCCUUU